AUGGGAAAAGAAGCUGAUAACAAGUUUCCUUGGGUCAUUCAGAACUUCUCUUUGGGAUCGGAGAUACUUUUUUCUGAUCAAUUCGUGAUCGGUGGCUGCAAAUGGGCUCUUCUGAUAUUUCCCGAGGGAGACAUUGAGAAACACAUGUGGUUUGAUAAGGAUUCUCCCGCCGCUUUCUUCUUGGAAAUGAUUCCCUUUUCCAAACUUUAUGGGAAAGAUGUUGGGUUUAUGGUGAACGGAGUAGUCAAGAUUGUUGCCGAGAUAGAGAGAAAGCUAGAAGAAGAAACUUCAUCAGUUGAAGAAAGCAAUGAUGUCAAUGGGUUUCAAGUGCUUCCUUCACAGGUGGAAUUUGUGAGCCGUGUUUUUAAAAAAAAUAUCCAGACAUUGCAUUACAACUCCGAGCAAAGAACCAACCUCUGA